AAUCUUCACAUAUUGACAGAUUCAUAUCUGUCAAUGAUAGUGAACAUCUCAAUGUUGAAUUAUUGAUUAAAAACUUGAAAAAUAUGAUAAUGAAGAAAUUAUCUGUAUUAUAUAUAACUGAGUCUUCUGUAUCUCUCUCUGCUCUCUCUAUUUCUUUCUCUAUCACUCUCUCUCAAUCUCUUACAUCUGUCUCUGUGUCUGAUUCUUCUGCUUCUGCUAUCUCUGUUUCUGUGACUCUCACUUCUGCUACUUCUGCUUUCUCUGCUUCUAUCAUCUCUGCUUUUAUUAUCAGCUCUCCUCAUUUCAAGAAGAUAUUAUGUAGACUUAAUGAAUCAU